AUGCGUCCACUAUUAGCACUGGUACCUGUAACAACACGUACAAUUCAAAGAAAUUUUCGUACAUCGACUAUACGUCAUUUACAAAGUGAUUUUGAUCAAGAACUACUUGUUGGUCAAAAUUUGCCAUUUAAUAUUCAAAAUAAAUGGAAAUUAGCGACAUUGAUGAUUGGUUAUAUAUCGCUAGCAGUUGCUAUUCCACUUUUUUGUCUUCAAAAACAACAACAAACGUCAAUUAAUAAUAAUAAAAUGAAUAGUAAAAAAGAAACAAUUUAUUUGAUAUUUAGUUAUCUUGGAAAUGAAUCAUCUGUAUUUAGCAGAAAAGUGUUAAGAUUAAUGUACGAAAUGAAAAUAAAAUGUAAAAUUAUAUUUAAACGUCAUAAAACAAUUGUUGUGCAAUUUUUAAAAAAUUUAAAAGGAUGUGAUGAAAGAAAAACUGGAGUUAUUUAUGGUAUUGAAUGUAAUGAUUGUCAAAAGAAUAUAUUUUCAGCAGACAAAUAUGUUUGGAAAUUUAUUUCUAAUAUAUUUUUUGCUUCGCCAAAGGUUCAGUUUCAGAUACACUACAACUGGCGUCGACAUUCAAUGAGCUUAAAUUAUGCGAAAGCAUUACACAAUUUUCAAACUCAAAAAUAUGGUGAUCUCAAUUUUUACACCGAUGAUAUUAUUGAAAUUGUGGAAAAAGUCGAUUCGAAUUGGUUAAGAGGAAAAUUAAAUGGUACAAUUGGUCUUGUACCAAUUACUUUUAUACAAAUAAUUACUUUACCAAAUAUUAGUGGAAAUGAACAAUUCUUUAUAGCUAUUUCUGAUUAUUCUUCGUCUCAUGUUGGCGAUUUACAGUUUAAAACAGGAGAUAUUCUUGUUGCAACAGAACAAAUUUCCAAUGAUUGGUUACGUGGUUAUUCAAUCAAAGAACCGAAUCGAAACGGAAUUUUUCCAAUUACAUUUGUAACAUUAAAAAAUGGAAAUAUAAAUUCGAUAAAUGAUAAUAAUAAUAUUGCAAUUACAUCGAUUCAACCACCAUUAUUAGGUGAAGUUAUACAGAAUUAUUCAAGUAAUUCUAAUAAUACUGAUUCAAUUCAUAAACCAAAUAUUGAUCUAACGUAUGGUGAUUGGGUAGUUAUCACAAAACGAUCGAGUGCUGGAUAUUUUUUUGGUGAAUGUGGUGUAAAAAUAGGAUGGUUUCCAGAAAUUUAUAUUAAAUUAGAAAAAUCUACACGUGCUCCAUCAUUAAGUCGAACAUGGCGUUCAUUAUCUGAGAAUGAAUCUCCAUUUAUUGAAUCUAGUCAAAAUAAUUAUACUUUAUCUUCGAAUAUAAAUGAAUCAAUCAGUGAUAAUUCAUAUUAUCAAAACACAAUCAAAAGAGAUAACAGUGAACUUGUACCAGUGACAAAUAACAUCGAAAUUAUUAAUAACCAAAGUUUAAUAUUAAAACCGUUACCGACUAUCUCAUCUACUCCACCACCGAUAAUUGAAAAAAAAGAUUUCAAAUUUGUACGUGUAAAAUGUGAUAUUCAACCGUCUGUUAAAGAAGAAUUAGGCUGUUUUGAAGAUGAGGUACUUGCUGUUAUGGAUGAAAUUGAUCAUGAAUGGUUAAUGGUAAAAAAUGCAUUUGGAAGUGUUGGACGUAUUAAACGCGAAUUAACUGAAAUUGUUGAGUAUGAUAUUGAUGAGGAGAUUGAUCAUGAAGACGAAAGUUUUAUGUUCGUUCCAGAUGUACGAUAUCAUUUAAAACCACAGAUUAAUAAAGAUAUAAAAAAUUACAACAAACAUCAUAAACCUAAUCCAACAAAUUUAUCUACAAUUAAUGAAAUAGAUCGUUUAGUUCAAGAUGAAUUUGUUAAACUUAAAAGUGAUAAUAAUCAACAAUUAUUAACAACAGAAUCAAAUCAAAAAUCAUCAGGUACGUCAAAUAAUUUUGUAUAA